UUGCACAUCGCAUUUGUUCUUGAAUCUCAUCCUAUUCCUCUCAGAGGCAACCUCUCAGAAACACAGAGAGAGAGAGAGAGGGGGAGAGAGAGAAUGUUCCCUUCAAAGAAGGCCUCAUCUAUGAAUUCCCAAGAGCGAGGCAUGUGUGUUCAACCUGACUCUGGCCUCGUCCUCACCACUGACCCCAAGCCUCGCCUUCGCUGGACCGUCGAACUCCAUGAACGCUUCGUCGAUGCCGUCACCCAGCUCGGAGGCCCUGAUAAGGCAACACCCAAGACGAUCAUGAGGGUGAUGGGUGUGAAUGGUCUCACGCUUUACCACUUGAAGAGUCACCUUCAGAAAUUUAGGCUUGGAAAGCAGCCACACAAGGACUUCAAUGAUCAUUCGAUCAAGGAUGGCAUGAGAGCGUCUGCUUUAGAACUUCAACGAAAUUCUGCCUCCUCUUCCGCCAUGAUCGGUCGCAAUAUGAACGAGAUGCAAAUGGAGGUGCAGCGACGACUUCACGAACAACUAGAGGUUCAGAAACAUCUUCAGCUGAGGAUUGAAGCUCAAGGGAAAUACAUGCAGAGCAUAUUAGAGAAGGCUUAUCAAACACUUGCAGGUGAAAAUUUGAAGAACAUUAAUGGAGCUCCUCCUCCUCAGCAUCAUCAAGCCAAUAUAAUACCUCCUCAAGAUCACUUCACUUCCAUCCCUCUGAACACUAACUUCCCUCCUUUUCAAGAUCAGCUUAACAUCUAUGGCGGUGGUGGUGACCAGCUUGAUCAUCUUCAUCAGCUCAUGCCAAAUAGCAGCAACGCUACUGAAAAUGUGUGUGGGGUGAUGAAUAAUAACAAGAGGCCUUUGAUUUGGAACAGUGAAGAUCUAAGGCUUCAUCAAGAUCUGGGAACUGCCUCUUCGUGUCUUGAUACUGAUCCUUUUAGGGCAGUGUCACUGGAUAGAGCCACCACCAGUUCUGAGAUAACAUUAAUAUUGAUCCUGCUAUUUCGGAGAUUUUUGACACCAAGCCUUUGCUUCAUCAAGGCACAUUCCCUUCAACAACAACGCACUGAAAAUCUGUGUGUGGGGAUGAUGAAUAAUAACAAGAGGCCUUUGAUUUGGAACAGUGAAGAUCUAAGGCUUCAUCAAGAUCUGGGAACUGCCUCUUCGUGUCUUGAUACUGAUCCUUUUAGGGCAGUGUCACUGGAUAGAGCCACCACCAGUUCUGAGAAUAACAUUAAUAUUGAUCCUGCUAUUUCGGAGAUUUUUGACACCAAGCCUUUGCUUCAUCAAGUAGAGGACACUUUAGGGGAUACUACCACUGAUCAUAAUAAGAAGCUUGAAGGGCCAUCUUCAAAAAGGGCACAUUCCCUUCAACAAGUAGAUCAAAGGAUGAGUCCUAUGAUUAGCACUGGUACACCAUUUUAGAUUCUUUUUGAAACUGAUCAUAAUCAUUGUACGGUCAAGAUUGAUCGAUCUAGGGUUUUGAAAAUAUAAUAGUUAGGGUUAUUAAGUAUCUCUCGUUUUUUUCUUGUACUAUUAUAUAUGGUAAUGCCUUUGCAUGGCAAACCGUAAGUCAUGUUCUAAUUUUUUUCUUUUUUUUGGUUUCGAGGGCAUCAGUAGUUGAGUCGUCAUGUUUUAAUAUGAGGAGGUAUAAUUGUACUUCAAUU